ACCUUCUUAUUCACAUGACAAUCAUGUUCGAAUUAUAGAUUUGAAUAAUUUGCUGAAACUGGAAUUAAAUCACUGAACAGAAAACUAGAAAAAGGAUCGUUCAGUGAUUUUGCUCAAACUAUAAAAUGCACUGAUCGUUCAAGAAAAGUAGAAAAGGAAGCUGAAGUAGUUGUAACUAAUUUAAUGUGAAUAGGCUAGAAAUCUCUCUGGUUCUGUAGCUUGUUGUGAUUGUAGUAGAGUGUGAUCCCAAAUUCUUAGUAAAUGAUGCUUAGCAACAUGGCUCAGAUAUUUAGCUCACUUACUCACCUUCCUGUUAAUUUGUUACUUUUACUCUUUAAUUCAGUUUCCAGGACUUGAACCGCUCCCAACUCAUAUCUUUUAGGGAGAGAUUCCAUGAAAAAACUUGUUUAUCUCGAGGACAUUAAGUUGAUGAUAUGAACAGAUAAUAUCCCUUUUAAAGCUAGUUGAUUCUUUACCACUGCAAAAUAGUUUCUUCUUGCUGUUGGACAGAUGUGGAAUCUUUAAAUUUGCAACUGUUUUUUUUUUACACGUGUAGAAUACAAGUGAAGGAAUCACUUUUGCUUUUUUUUUUGAGAUAAAAGUUAGUAAAUAUAUUAAAAAGGUACCAAGGGAGUACCGUCCAUGUACAAAAGUUUUACAUAUCUAUAAGCAUAUCGACAACAGCUCCAAUGUCAUCUAAAGAUAUUAAAUUACGACCCAAAAGAAUGAAGUCAAAACAAUGCAGUCACCUAUUCUUAAUAUUUACAAUACCUUCAAAAGCCUUAUUAUUUCUUUCUUUCCAAAUAACCCAAAAAAUUGUAAGUGGGAUAAGGCGAGUAACAUGAGGAAUCACUUUUGCUUUAACAGCUAUAUUUUUUCCGGGGAGGUUGAAGAGCCGAGAUUGGGAUUGCUGUAUAAGAAGUUGGGAAGAGGGUUGAAACUUGUAAGAAAAUAGUACUACCAGAGGACUAAGAUUCGCGAAGGACGUAAGAUGGGGAAGAAAAAGGAAAAAGCUAUCCCCGAGUCUGAUUCUAUUGCUGAUCUAAAGGCAAUUAUUCACCAGCAUUCUCUGUUUUUUGACAAGUUGAUUGAGCUUAUCCCUGCAAAAUUCUACUUACCAAAUGAUGAUCAAGAAAAGAUAUGGUUUAAGGGACUUAGCAAGGAGGAAAAAGCUUCAGCAAAGAAGAAGACAAGGGAAAACCUCAAGAAUGCUCGAAGAGAUCGAUUGGACCCAGAAAAGUCUUCUGCAAGCACCCUAGAUUUGCUAAAACAAAGCUUGGAAAGGGAAAAACUAAAUAAGGAGAAUGAGGAUAAUGAAACAGAUGUUACACCUAUGAUGGCUGGUCUGGAAGGUGGUGAUCGUUCAGUGACAUAUGAAGAACUCCGACAACGCCUUCAUCGUAAAAUUGAAGAGCUUAGAGCAGGUCGUGGGGGUUCAGAUAAAGCAAAGAAAGAUGAGAAUGCCAAUAAAAAGCAAGUUCAGCAAAAGAAGAGAAAGAGAGAGUCUGGAACCGAGGAAAAGCAUCCUGCUGCUGGUAAGCAAUCAGAUAAGGUGGAGAAAGACAUUGCAGAGGCAUCAAAGGAACUUACAUUUAGUCAUGUUAAAAUUGGAGAUGAAGAAGAGCCCGGGAAGAAGAAGAAGAGAAAAGUUACUAAGUCAAAGGAGCUUGAAAUGGCUAUGAAAUUGGAAGAAGCGAAAAAGGAUCCCGAGAAAGGUGGUACCAUUGCAAGCAAGCAUUCUUGGAAAGCUGCAACUAGUCGAGCUGCAGGGAUCAAAGUCCACGAUGAUCCAAAAUUGUUGAAACAAAGCAUGAAAAAAGAGAAGAGGAGAAUUCAGAAAAAUGCUCAGAAGUGGAAGGAAAGAGUUCAAAGUCAAUCGAAAAUGAAAGCAGAGAAACAACAAAGGAGAUCAGAGAACAUAGCUGAGAGGAUUCAACAAAAGAAGAUGCGACGAAUUGCAAAAAGAGAGAAAAAACUCUUGAGGCCCGGGUUCGAAGGUCGGAAGGAAGGUUUUAUAAAUGAAGGUGAAGCUUAAAGUUAUCUACCAAUAAGUUUUGGGUUAGUUUUCGUCUCUCUUUCCGGAUUAUCUGUCAGUUCCAUUUCUCCCUAUAUCACCAUUGAUACUGGAAUUUGAAUGACCCAUAGGAAGAUCAUAUUAGAAGUUACCUUUAGUAUUCAAUUGAAGGAGUUUGGGGAAUUCUUAUUGUUGAUUUAUAAUUUGGUCGGGGAUACCUUGAGUAA